GUGGGCUCUGCGGCGGAGGAUGGGGGGCCGCCGGCCCCGGAGCGGGUUCUCUUCCCGCCCACCUUCAGCGUGUCCGAGAUCAAGAACAAGCAGCGGCGGCACUUCAUGUUCCUUCGCUGGAAGCAGCAGCAGAGGAAGGAGAAACUGGCCGCCAAGAAGAAGCGGAGAAAGGAGCGAGAAGCCCUGGGAGACAGAGCACCUCCAAAAGCCAUACCAAAGACUAUUGAAAAUCAGAGAGUGUAUGAUGAAACAACUGUAGAUCCCAACGACGAAGAGGUUGCUUUUGAUGAAGCAACUGAUGAAUUUGCACCAUACUUCAACAGACAGACAGUUCCCAAGAUUCUUAUUACAACAUCAGACAGACCUCGUGGGAGAACAGUGAGAUUCUGUGAACAACUGUCUACUGUUAUACCCAACUCGCAUGUCUACUAUCGAAGAGGGCUGGCUUUGAAAAGAAUUAUUCCACAGUGUAUUGCAAGGGACUUCACGGAUUUAAUUGUUAUUAAUGAAGAUCGCAAAAUACCAAAUGGUCUCGUUUUAAGUCAUCUGCCUGAUGGUCCAACUGCUCAUUUUAGAAUGAGUAGCGUCCGUUUGCGCAAAGAAAUAAAGCGAAAAGGGAAAGAGCCCACAGAACACGUACCUGAAGUAAUUCUGAAUAAUUUUACAACACGACUUGGCCAUUCUAUUGGUCGCAUGUUUGCUUCUCUCUUCCCACAUGAUCCUCAGUUCAUUGGAAGACAAGUAGCUACCUUUCACAACCAGCGAGACUACAUCUUUUUCAGAUUCCACAGAUAUAUCUUCAAGAGUGAAAAGAAAGUGGGAAUUCAAGAACUUGGGCCACGUUUCACAUUAAAGCUGAGGUCUCUUCAGAAAGGAACCUUUGAUUCCAAAUUUGGAGAAUAUGAAUGGAUUCAUAAGCGCCGAGAAAUGGACACGAGUAGAAGAAAAUUUCACUUAUAAGGGACAGCUAUCUGCCAGUUGCUGCUGACCAGAAAUACAACUGCUUUGAACUAUGGAUUAUCUCAGACUCCUAACUAAUGAUAAUGAUACUGAACAGUAUCUGCCUGCAGAAAGACAAGCUGCAAACAUUAAAACCUUCUACAGGAGCGGAUCAAGUAGGACGCAUCUUUCUUUGUGUUUGUAGCUAAAUCCAACAUGACAAGGACAGCGACUCUUUUUCCAGUUUAGCAGGAAAAACUAUGCAAUGUCAGAGCAGCCUGUUAUUUAGCUAUCACUGAAGAUUUGCUAUGACUGCUACUGUGCUGUAGAGAUAAAUUACACUUUGCAACAUCAAAGACAGUAAAUAUUUUGGUAAAAGAUAUUCUCAAAAUAAAGUAUUUCUAGUUAUACA